CGCACGCACACGCGCGCGCGCACGUAUGCGCAACAUACACAAAUAUAUAUAAAAUUCAAUCUAGUUACGCUCGAUGUAGAAUGUUUUCUCUACAUCAUUAAUUACAUUAUUAUUUAUUGUAUUAUCAAGAUUGAUAAAAUAAGAUACAUUUUGUAAGAAGUUUAAUGAGCAGUGAAAUCCAAAAUGUCUAACAUGUGAGUUUUGAUUACAUUUACAACAGUUUUAUAAGAAAAUCGUAUUUUUUUCUAAGAAAUAUCCACGAAAAUCUCUCUGCGAAAAGAAUUGUAUGUAUCGAGCAACCAAUGUCUGAAAAUUAUUAGCUUGUUAGAUGUACGAACUGUAUUUGUUCUAAAGAUGAAUAAUGUGUAUGUUGUAAUAACUAAUUUAAAAGGCACAACAUUUUUACUACGUUUUCUCAGCGAAGGAUACAAAAUUACUAGAUAAGAUACACUUAAGAUUUGAUUCGAGUUGAACGUACGGGCUCAACAUAUGAGAUCUUCUUGUAACAAUUUUACCAAAGUUAUAAGUUUUAUAAACGUAGUUUUUCUCAAUAAAUCAUCGAGAAUCACCCAUGUGUUGCCGAUUCUUGUGUAAUAAGUCGCAAUGCUCUACAGUCAACCGAAUAAUUUAUCGUUUCCAAUGCAUGUGUGGGACGAUUUGUUUCGAAUCGAUCUUGAUUUUUCCAUAAAAAUCUCGUUUUAUCAUUAGAGUACAACAACUGUUCGUCUUUACCGAUUGUGCAUUAGUUACCGACCCGCUAAUAUUAUCAUUAUCGAUUGAGCGAAAGUUUGGAGCGUCGACGUAAUCGACCGGCAAGUGCCUCCAUCCGUAAUCGAUCCACAAAAUACAAGAAAACUGACUAUCUCAAUUGACACUAGAGUGUCGAAAAGUACAAACACUUCGAAUUGUUAAAAAUUGGCAGAGACAAUCGGUAAGAAGGUGCGAAGCCCCGGUGGGAGUGUACGCGCGCGAGCGAAAAGGUCGCUCGGCGUGGAAACACAAAUGGAAAAUGAGCGAACGUUCUCGGGGCAUGGCGUCGGCCGAGACGUAUGUCGUCCUGGAUCGCGAAUGAAAAGCACCGUACCGUUGGGGUUUAGCACUCUACUCGCGGGGAAUCUUACAUGUCGCACACUCAAUAAAAAUCCUCCCGUGACAGGUGUCCCGUGGACAGGUGAGAGCCCGCGGAAACAGGAGCGGCGAGGGAGGGAAAAGAACCGAAGGAGAGAAAUCGAGCGCGUCCUCGGGGACUGCGGGAGAGAGAUUCCGCGCAAGCGACGAUGCGUUCGUAUUCCGAUAUGGCGGCAAAUUUCGGCCGGAUCGUGGCUCGAGCGAAGGAUGAAGGAAGGCAGGCCGAGGCGUGCGUUACCGUGGCCGACGUAUCGCCACGACGUACAUGCCGUUGACGACGCGCACGGUUCACGCACGUUGGCGCGCGACGUUAAUCGAUGGCGCGUCAGAGAGGCGGAAUCAGGCGGAAUCGUCUCUCUCACGGCAACAAACACCGGUUUUGAACGAGCACGGUGCAGCACUACACACCGUACCGUGUCGCCGCGGUUUUCAAGCACAGUAGCGACUUAUCAUGGCGGUGCGAUUUUUUUUAGUAGCGUAGUCGGGGUAUCUCGGUUUAUACUGCCGUGCGUGACGCUCACUCGUGCUGAGGAAUUCGCACGGACCCGAACCGACACGCGCAUCGUCGGCCGACGACAACGUAUUACGUAGGUCCGCUGUGCGCGUGAAAGGCGAGUGCUAGGUGCACGAUAAACAGCCAGCCGUACGUUUCUGAUAAAUAACACGGCGCACGAGUUCGACGAGGCUUCGUGCUGUUUAGUUCAAGAACCCUUUUAGUUAAUCUUUGCUGAGGAGGUUUUGAAUUGUGGGUUAGAAAACACUGUGCACAGCCGAACGAUGUAAUGAAUCUCCAUUGUAGAUCGCAGCAAGAAUUCUAUCGUUUCUUGUGAUUCUUCGAGACACAUCAAGAUGAACAAACGUCGUAGAACAUCGUCGGUAGCUAGUCGUGGUACUGAAGAUGACGGUGACGAUAUCCCACCGGAGCCAACGAAGAGGAGGAAAAAAUUAGAUCCUAGUGACUUGUGCCAACAACUGUAUGAUGUACUGCGUAACCAGAAGAAAGAAGAUGGUUCCUUAUUGUGCGAUGCAUUUAUACGUGUGCCUAAGCGUAGGCAAGAGCCAGGAUAUUACGAAGUUGUUUCCAAUCCUAUCGAUCUUUUGAAAGUACAGCAGAAAUUAAAAACUGAUGAAUAUCGCGAUAUGGAUGACUUGGCCGCUGAUAUUCAACUUAUGGUCAAUAACGCUAAAGCUUUUUACAUGCGUACAUCUCCUGAAUAUAAAGAUGCAACUGAACUGUGGGAAUUGUGUGUAAAUACUAAAAAUCGUAUUACAGAAGAAUAUGAAGACCCAGAACCUAAAGGAAAACUCAUCUUGAAAGUUGGAAGACUGGCGCGUAAAGCGGCAACGAGACAAGAUGACGCGGAAGAUACUUCCGAAAGUUCAGCGAAUCUCGACGAAGAAACUAUGCAGCUGUUUGAAGAUUUAUUUGCAGCAGUUAUAACAGCGGCUGAUCCGAUGGACAAUAACAGACCUCUUCACACUAUGUUUCAACUCAAACCCUCCAAAAAGCUUUAUCCUGAAUAUUAUGAUGUUAUUGAGACACCGGUCGACUUAAAAACUGUUGCGCGAAGAAUUCAAGAAGGUUCAUAUAGUUCUAUCGGUGAUAUGGAGAAAGAUCUAAUGCUUAUGUGUCGUAACGCCUGUCAAUUUAACGAACCUGGCUCGCAAAUUUAUAAAGACGCUAAACUCUUAAAGAAAAUAAUCACUGCGGCUGCAAAAAGGCAAGACAGUGGAUUAGGAAGUAAUAUACCUAAAAUCGCUACAACCGCGCCUUCGACAAGAAGUAAAAGAGGUAGUCGUACUAUGGCACAGUCAUUGAUAGCACAAACAGCAGCGUUACGCGAUGAAGACGAUGAAAGCGAUGACGAGGAUGAAGAACUUGCUGAAGCUGAAGAUCCUGAUAACUCACAAUGGCAACUAUUUCAAACUAUCCGGACAGCUCCUAAUAAUCAAGGUCUUCGAAUAAGUGAAUAUUUUUGGAAACUCCCACCAAAGAGAUUAUAUCCUGAUUACUAUAAAACGAUAAAAAAUCCUAUAUGUUUGCUACAAAUACACACAAAAAUAAAGAAAGGUGAAUAUGGUACUGUUAGUGAAGUAGCUGGAGAUAUGAAUAUCAUGUUUGAAAAUGCUAAGAAAUAUAACGUACAUACUUCUCGACUGUACAAGAGUGCUGUUAAGUUGCAAAAGAUAAUGCAAGAGAAAGUGCAGGAGCUUUUAGAAUUUGAUCAGGAUUCCGAUUCAGAUAGCGAAUCGGAGAAUAGCUCCCAACAACCUAAGUUAAUUAAACGCGCCUCGAAUUUACUAACACGCGGAAAAUACAAGGACAAUAUACCAUUGAAGAAAAGAUUAUACGCAUUAGUCAAAUGUGUCAUAGAAUACGUUUGCGAAGAUGGUCGGCAACCUAUGUUGAUGUUUAUGGAAAAACCUUCCAAAAAAUUAUACCCUGACUAUUAUCAAGUAAUAGCAGAACCCAUAGAUAUGUUGGCGAUUGAGGCCAAUAUUAAAGCAGAGAAAUAUCAAAGUGAGAGUGAAUUAAUACAAGAUUUUAAGUUAAUGUUUAACAAUUGCCGCCAAUACAACGAAGAAGGUUCAUUGAUAUACGAAGAUGCAAAUACAUUAGAAAAAGUCUUGAUGGAUAAAGUGAAGGAAUUGGGACCCUUGCCAGAUACUCCCAAGUCUAAAUCCACUGCGUCGACACCAACUAGAAAUGUCGGGAGACCGAAAAAAGUAGUGCCGCUUCAUUUGCAAAAAUUAAAAACUCUAUACGAUACCAUAAAAGAUUAUCAUGACGCGAAAGGAAGGCAACUAUCCCUAAUUUUUAUGAAAUUACCGAAUAAAAAUGAAUAUCCGGAUUACUAUGAGGUGAUAAAGCAACCCAUACAUAUGGAGAAGAUAGCUGCUACUUUAAAGAAUAACGGAUAUGAGAAUUUGGACGAACUAGUGUCCGAUUUUAUAUUAAUGUUUGACAAUGCUUGUAAAUAUAAUGAACCAGAUUCGCAGAUAUACAAGGAUGCUUUAAUACUUCAAAGAUUAGUGUUACAAAGUAAACUGCAGCUAAGUGAAGAUGAGGAAAGCGUUCCAGAUGUAUCGGCUGCUGUUCAAGAAAUUUUAGCAACAAUAUUUACUGCACUUUAUAAUCACCAAGACGAAGAGGGAAGAUGUUACUCAGAUUCUAUGGCAGAACUUCCAGAACAUGAUAUUAUUGAUGGAAAAAAGAUACGAGGUUUGUCAUUGGAUUUGAUUAAAAGAAGAUUGGAUCGAGGAGUAUAUAAGAGAUUAGAUCGCUUCCAAGAAGAUGUUUUUACAUGUCUGGAGAGAGCACGCAGGUUGUCACGUACAGAUUCACAGCCGUUUGAAGAUAGUGUGGAACUCCAGGCGUUCUUUUUGCGUACACGUGAUGAGGCAACUCGUGGGGGAGAUUUGUUGCAUUCGCCUGCAUUAAAUUACACGCUUCUUGAUUUAUCUGCUCAGGUUGCAGAACUUAAAAGAAUAAAACAGCAGCAGGAAUUAAAUCUACCUAAUGAAGAUGAGAGCUGUGAUGGAAAUGAAACAAAGGAUUCUGAAACGAAUACAAAUACGGAAGGAAACAAUAGUGACAAUGGAGGAUCCAUGAGUUUUAAUCAAGAAGUGUAUAGAGCUGGUGACUUUGCCUAUGUCGAGCCAACGGAAAGAGGCAUGGAAUAUGGCGUAGUUCUUAUAGAAAGGCUUUGGACCAAUGCAGAUAGUCAGCAAAUGUUGUAUGGAAAUUUGUUUUAUAGACCGAGCGAAACAUACCAUGUAGCUUCGCGGAAGUUUCUUGACAAGGAGUUAUUUAAAAGUGACGCUCACGUAGCGAUACCAUUAGCAAAAGUAGCAGGCAGAUGUUGCGUUUUGAGUGUAAAGGAUUAUUUUCGCAUGCAACCCGAAGGAUUCCUAGAGAAAGAUGUGUAUGUAUGCGAGUCACGUUAUUCCACAAAAGCCAGAGCUUUCAAGAAAAUCAAAGUCUGGAAUUUUGAUCCUGAUCAUUUGAAAUUGAUCCCGAGAGAAAAACCGUUAGAACCGAAACGAGUAAUUUCUGUAUACAAAGAACGAUUAGAAAAGCAUAAGGAAGAAAUAGCAGAAUUAGAGGAGGGAGAAAAAUUAAUGGAGAAGGAAAAACCGAAUGUGAUACUAUACAAUCCGGAAGAUACCGAAAAUACAUAUUACGAACAGUACAAUACAUGCGCGGGAUCUGUGAAAACUGGUGAUUUCGUUUAUGUAGCAACAGAUGGGGGCAGGCAGCAGAUAGCUCAAAUCGAUGCAUUGUGGUCAACCAAAGAUGGGAAGUGCUAUUUCAAAGGUCCAUGGUUAUUGAUGCCUACAGAAGUGCCACAUACACCUACGAAAUUAUUUUAUAAGCAAGAACUAUUCUUAUCCACUGUUGACGGUACUCAUCCCAUUGUUGCUAUCGUUGGAAAAUCUGCCGUUCUCGACUACUCAGAGUAUAUAUGCAGCAGACCAACGGAAAUCCCUGAAGAUGACGUGUAUAUUUGUGAAUCGCUAUACGACGAAAGUAAAAGCCUGAUGAAGAAGCUUAAUCAGGAGGGUUUAAAAAAGUUCAAUCACACGUCAACGGUGACAGAAGACGAGAUCUAUUUCUUCCGAAGACCCAUCAAUCCUGCUAAAGUUUCGAGCGACGUGGCUCAGACGCAAAAUCAAGUCAAGUCCGUCACGCCCAGCUCGGCCCAGUUUGAGAUGGAAGCAUCACCAUUGUUACCGAAGCUGGAACCCGAUGUACUAAGCUUGGGGGUAGGAUUAGGAGUAGGAGUGGGAGUAGGAGUUGGGGAAGACAGCAUGGAUGCUGGUGGUCCACCAUCCGUUGGAUCUACAGAAGCUCAACCGGUGCUCUCCAAUACUCAAACUCCUGUGUCGACUAAGAAGAAAACGGCGGGUAAGAAAUUAGUUACGGGCUAUAUUUUAUAUUCGAGUAAAAUGCGAACGCAGAUUACACAAAACAAUCCUGAAUCGUCCUUUGGAGAGAUUAGCAGAAUUGUUGGCAACGAGUGGAGGAAAUUGCCGGCAGGAGAGAAGCAAGCCUGGGAGGAACGAGCGAUUAAAAUGAACGAAGAUGGAGGACAGUUGAAAGGGACAACGGUAUCGGUAGGCACGAAUGCCAUACAGGAUGUAGUAUAUGAAUGUUGUUGGGACAAUUGCGAUUGGCAGUUCGAAGACAUGACCGAUUGCAUUGAUCACUGCAUCGCCGAACAAAAUGGUCAUGUGCAAUCGUCAUUCGUGAACGCUCCUAGUGAUGUGGAGUUUCAGUGCCAAUGGCGUGGCUGCGGUCGCACGAAGAAGACCGUUCCACCGUUCCCAAGCGUACAGAGACUCGCUAGACACGUGAAGGAAGUGCAUAUUCUCAAGUCACACGGCCGUAUAAUACCUCCCUCCGAGAGAAGCAAGAAUUAUAUGGCUUCGAAAGGGCCGACGGUAUUGCCACCGAUGGAAACAGAAACUUCAGCUGCAGCAACUCAAACAAGCAACAUACCUGCCGCCAAGCAACCGGAGCCAAUGUUUGUUGCGGUACCACCAAGACCAAGCCGUGUAUUGCAUUCGGACGCUUAUUUGAGGUACAUCGAAGGAUUAAACGUAGAAAACCGUUACAUAUCAAACUGGGAUAAGCAAAUGAAUGCCAAUCCGGAUAACACGCAAAUCCCGGAUGUAACGAAACUACCUGCUGAGUGGUUGGGCAACGGCGUCGGCAAUCAUGGUAAUGUGGUGAACGCCUUGUGGACACUCAGAAAUAUGAUGAUGCGGGAUGUGUUAGCCAUCAAUAAAACUUUAUAGUUUAUAAAUUGUUAAGAUUUUAAAAUUUUCAUUUUUUUUUCAAUGCGCUUGCGAUGCUAUACUUCGAUAAUUCAAACAGACAAGUCCGUUGAUGCUAGAUGAAAGACUGAAGAUAUUCAAUCUUUUGAAUGUUAGAAUAUUUAUGUCUACGUUUAGAAUUCAUUUUGUUUGUUUUAUUCCUAUUUAGUUCUUUCCUAAUUUAAUGAUGCAAUAAACCCAAUAAUUAUGGGGAGAAUCUAGUUAGUUUAUUUUGCAAAUUGAUUUCGAAAUAUUUAGUUUUCCAUUCGGAUUUCUCAAAAUUUAAUAAAAGUUUAAAAAAAUUUUUGUUUAUUAAAAAAUUAAGAAAUAAAGUUUUUUAAACACAUUUUUCUCACUGUGUAUCGCUUAAGUAUACUACGUGUGUACAUAAGGAAAGUUUAGUACAUAAAAAGAAUCAUUAUCAUGUAAAUACGGCUGCUAAUCUUCGUUUUUACGUCUCGAAUGAAGUUUUAUACUUUCCGUAUAGCGCAGUGAAACAUAUUCUUGUAUUAAGGGACACAAAAAUGGAAAUACUUCCUGUGCUGUAUUAAGAUGAAUGGGAAAGUUGUAUGUAUAUAGGAACUACAAUAAUCUACGAAGCGGUCUAUCAAUAGUGCGAUAAACACGUCACUUUAUUUUAUCAAUACUGCUCUAAUAUUCUCAGAGGAUAUCGAAGACGGAUAACGAGAUUAAUCAAACGAUCUGUUUGCUAUUGUCGCAAUAGCUAAAAACGAAUGGAAUCCUAUAGUGUAUCUUCUAUACACGCAUCUCGUGUAAUAUCUCGUAGAUUAUUUUAUUAAGAAUUUUCGACAUCGUCAGAGAAAUUUUCAAAACGUUACAAAUACAAAGUGAAAUUUUUACUAUAGUAAUAAUGGUGUACAUACAUCCUCUUGCUAUGAUAUGUUUGUAGUGUUAGCUCUGCUUUUUUUCUACACGAACGGCUUAGUGUUAGUACUAGAAACUUAUUAUGUUUUGGCUAAAUAAAAAUUUCGCUGCUACUGUAUCUGGCAGAGUUUUAGUAUAUUGCAUAUUUUUAUACAUGUAACAUACCAAUGAUCUGUAUAAUGUAAGCUUUUUGUGUAGACUAACAUAGCGAGAGAGCUAGACUUUCCAAAUUCUUUUGUGGAAUUAAUGCCAAACACAUUAAUAAAUUUGUAGUUAUUUGCAAAAACUAACUCUCCUCAAUGUUAUUGCUCGAGAAGACAAGAAGUCAUUCUUGCGUAUAGUAUAAUUUAUUCACCGUGAGAUAAAAUUUUUGUUCCGAAACAUACAAUGUAAAUGUUUUUCUACAUUACAUAUGCGGCGUUAUCCAUUCUGUAUUUCGCUAUACGACAAAUAAUUUUAAUUUACAUCG